UUUACUUAUUCCGCAUGUAAACAAAAACAAAAACAAAAAAAUGUUUUGCUGAGGUUUUCUUUAAAAAGUGAUUUUAAUAAAAAUUGGAAUUUCAGCAUCCUUUGGAAAUUUAGAUAUGUUUAUUAUUACUCGGUUAACUGUAUUAACAAAUUUUAAAAUAGCCAGCAAUCUUCUUUUGAAACACAAGCAAAUUGCCAAAUUAAAUUAUGUCAGUUGUGCAGCAAAAAGUAGACUCUUUCAAGAAAAUAAAAAAUCACAUGAUCAGAAUCCUUGGACACCAAUAUAUUUCUUCCCUUACAUUAGAGCUGCUGCAGUAUGUAGUCGCUUCAAACUUUAUCAAACUGCUUUUACACUGGCUGCAGUUCCAUGGUCAAUUUCUCUGUAUAAUGAUGGUUUAAUAGAGGCAUCUUCUGUUGGAGUUAUCUCAGGAUGUGCAAUGCUUGCUUGUUGUACUUUGUAUUUACUGUCUUAUUAUUUUAGAAGACUGAUUGGUGUAAUCUUUCUCUCGGAAGAUGAAAAAUCUGUACAAAUAUCACAUCUAACAUUCUGGGGACGCAAAAAAGACAUUAUUGUACCAUCACAAGAGAUAGUACCAUUAGCUGAUAGUGCAUGCAAUCCAAAUGAUGUUUAUAUUAAACUUAAAAGGUACAGUUGUGAAGAUGAAUUAUAUUUUACCCUUAAAUAUGGUAAGAUUUUAGAUAAAAUGAAAUUUGAGAAAGUGUUUGGUAAUUUAGAAAUUCUUGGUAGAUGCAAAUAAAAUGAUUUAUUAUGAAA